AGGGCCGUCGACGUUACACGUCGUUAGUACUGCGAACGGUGAGGAACUCCGGCGACGUGCCACCUGUUAAAGCUGCCCCCCUUUUCAUCCCCCUACUUUAUAAUCUUUGAUAAAACUCGAAGAAUAUAAUUACGAAAAGUCCAAUAAAUUAUUUCUUUUUUUUUCAAUUCUUUUUCUCUUAAUCCGUUCGUCGUCUACUAUUUAUUCAUCUGCGGGAAGAUAUCCACUUAUAUUUAUCUUCAUUUUAUCUUACAAUUUUCGGUGAUAUCCAUUAUUCGUUGUCCCGUUUCGAACUUUAAAGUUCGAAGUGGAGAACGCGUAAAAAAACGUGUCUCAGAGAGUUUUGAUCGAAGAAUAAAUAAAUAGAAAAAGUAUAAGAAGGAAAGGAUUUAAAAGUACUACUGGGAUUGAGGAAAUCCUUUUGAAUCGAAAUUCUGGAAAAUCUGGUUCUUCUUUUACCCCUUCGGUCUAUUCUGAAAUCUACUACAAAGGAAAGAAAAGAGUUCUCUUUUACUUUCUGAGGAAAGUUAAAAAAAAAAAAAAGGAAAUUGGACGUUCAUCGACAAAUAAACUUUCUAGAUAAAUAUUUUCGAUCUAUAUUCCGUGAACGUAUAAGGAUGAUCUCGAUAACUAUCAUCCUAGUAACAUCGGCAUUGAUUACUAUGACGCAUUCUGCGCCAAUUGAACAUCUUCAAAAGGAAAACGGUGAUCUUCCGGAAGUACUUUGGCUAAUUAAUCAACAAAUGCCAGAAUUGGAGAGGGAAAUGUACGAUUCCAGCAAUGAUCCCGGUCCUGCAACGAUACUCAGAACAAAAAGAAUCGGUUCGUUGUCGAUCGUUAACAAUCUCGAUGUUCUUAGAGAAAGAAUACUAUUGGAAUUAGCUCGUAGGAAAGCUAUGCAAGAUCAACGACAAAUCGAUGCUAACAGAUUGAUGCUUGAUAAAAUUGGUAAAAGAUCAUUACCAGUUUACGAGGAUUAUUCGUCAUCUUCUCAUCCUCGUAAUUUGGAUAGGAUCUACGAUUGGGUUGGGGAAAGUGGAUCGAUUGUUGGUGAUCGUCAUAAUGAUCAAGAACGCAGGGUAGCAAGCAACGAACUCCUCUGGUAGUAACCAUAACGCGAAAAUCAAUUGAAGAAGAAACCUAUCAAAUUCUAGAUUUGGCAUUAUCGCUUUUACAAAUUUUAACGAGCCGCAUUAUUUCCCCUUUUUGAUCUCUACCCCACCCCCACCCCCCACCCCCAUAUCCACGUUAUUAUAAAAAUUCUUCUUCUUAUAGAAAAGCUUUUACCGAUCACAUUUAUCCGUCUCGUGCGUUUCUCAGGUUCUAAAUAUAAUCAGCUAUUUAUUGGUCAGCGUGAUGGAAAAUCGAAGAAAAUGAAUGAGAAAAGAAUGGGGAAAGGAGAAGAGGAAAAAGAAAACAUCUUAAAAAAUAUCAGGAUUACAGUAAUAUAUAACCGUAAUUAGCUAUAGCAAAGUCAAUUUUAAAAGACGACUCGUUUAAUUCGCGAAUCACAAUGUCGUCUGAACGAAACAGUAUUAUACUUUGUGAUCUCUCUUUCAUUAAUAAUUAUUAAUUAGAUUAUUUCAUCAUUUCGUUGUAAUAGAAUUUUUUUUAGAUAACACGCCACGCAUAUUGUUAUUUUUUAAUUAAUUUUUUAUUUUGUUAUUUAUUUAUUUCUCUCUCAUUUACGGCUAAACGAAACAACAUAAUUUCAUUUCUAUGUUAAACUUAGAGUUAGAUUUAUAAUUUAAAUUCAAGACUUAUGAAACUUUUUCACCGAACAAUAUUACUUUUUAAUCGAACAAAUAUUUUCUUAUAGAAUCUAUACCGUGUUCUCAUUUACUAUGAUAAACUCACUGACAUGCUACACGUUUAGUGUUGUUAAACUCUGAUUUAGAAUUACGAUCAUAUUGAAAUGUUUUAGUUGUGUUUAAAUUUCAGUGAUCAAUCACAGUUUCGGAGGAAUAGAAUUUUUUUAUACCCCUUACAACAAUAUGUGUGCAUCCAUUCAUAUUAUUUAUUUAUUCGUAUAUCUGUAUAAUAUUUAUACUAGUCUCGUAAGUUAUUUGCGUUUAGAUUUUCUUCGCGUUAAUGAUCUCAUGUCAAAGAACUUUUGUAUUCUUUUUAAAGCUCUUUUUUUACGUCCAUUUUUAAUCUGUAUUUCCGAGAAAAAUAAACUUGACAAAUGAUGUAAUUUAUGCGCUUGCUAUGAGGUAAAAUAUUUCGUGAGAGAAUGAUCUAUAUAUCUAAAAAAAAAAAAAAAGAAAAAAAAA